AAGAAAUAUACCCAUGGAAGUCAAUAAGACAACUCAGCCCAACAACAUGAAGAAAUCAUUGUUGGCUUAUGUUGUCCCCAUAGCCUACGCCAUUGUUGUCUUCCUCCUUGCGAAUCUUUGGUGACAGAGUUCAGUUUUGGAACUGAAGUGUUCAGAGGGGGUUCUUACUAUAUUGUGGAAAAAAAGGAGGAUUUUGGAGGUUAUAAUUAGACAAGAAGAUGAAUUCUGGUUCUAAACAAGGUUUGUUUUGUCUAAAAUGGCCUUGGGAUGUUAAUAAACAGUCUAAAAGUUCCAAUCUUUGUACCUUUGAAGGUCCUUGGUUAUUCAAAUCUAUACAAAAUCUUGGUUCCUUUGUUCUAAAUUCAUUCAAUUCAGUUUCGGGUUUAAGGUUUAGUAAUUUAAACCCUACCCAAAUAGCUUUUGGGGUUAGUCAAAAUAAACCAUUGAGUCCUGAUGAACAAGGGGAAGCUGAACAUAGGGCUUUUGCAUCGGCAUUGGCUAGUAGGAAAUCGGCUACGGUGAUCGAGUUUUACUCGCCAAAAUGUAGUUUAUGUAACUCCUUGCUUAAGUUUGUCAUGGAAGUGGAGAAUAGGAACUCGGAUUGGUUGAACAUUGUCUUGGCUGAUGCCGAGAACGAGAAAUGGUUGCCUGAGCUUCUCCAUUACGACAUCAAGUAUGUUCCUUGCUUUGUGCUGUUGGACAAAAACGGAUUGGCACUGGCAAAGACCGGUAUCCCAAGUAGUCGACUCCAUGUAAUCGCAGGCCUCUCUCAUCUUCUCAAGAUAAAGCGUCCUACAUCCGAUGGGUAGCUCUUGCCCGCAUCAAUGAAAGUAUUUUUAGUCUCGUAUUUACAGUGCCUUAGUCCUUUACAUGAAGAGUUAGAAACCAACAUGUUAACUACUGUUAUCCAUGAUGCAAUUCUGACUACUGUCUUUAUGUUCAUAAUCAAUGUAUGUUACAAAAUUUUCCUACGUUGUCAGCCCGACAUUUGAGAAGAUAAGUAGGAAUGAGGACAUGCUGUUAUUUGUGUACUGUAUGAUCUGUUUCGGUAUUUGCUUAACCGAAUAUUCCGAUGAACAAGAUUCCCCUUUAACCGCGACUCAUGCCAUGUUCGGCACUAGGGACCUGCAGGGCUUCACUCUCGUUUUGAUAGAGAAAUACAGUGAACUUUUUACCUGGUGUA